GUGGAUGCAAGCACUCGCGCUGAGGUUGAAGGCAAGUUUAACGAUUUAAAAGUGAGAUGGGAGAACACAUCCUGUGCUGUUAGGAAACACAAGGAGACUUUGGAUUAUCGUCUCGUGAAGUGGCGAGAUUUCAAGCGGAAACACAAGGCAUUUGUGAGUUGGUUGACUGAGUUUGAGUCCCGACCAGGGCUUCAACCUGUCGCCUCGUCGGAUAUCACUGAAUUGGAGAGUCAAGUUGAAUAUGUUGAGGCCUGUCGCAAAGAACUAGACGCUCAUCAAAGCGAAUUUGAUCUUCUUCACACUACAACUGAACAAUGCUUCACCAGGUCCAACGACACGGUAAACGACGCGGUUGAAAAGGAAUACCACAACGUCGAACAACGUUGGGUUCGAGUCUCCGAGUGCGUCGCAUCGAAUCAACGUACUCUGGAACUAACCCUGGGUGAUUGGCAGGAGUACACCACCGUUAUGGAAGAUACUAUGCGUUGGUUAAGACAAACAGAGCUUUAUUUAAAAACGUGUAGUGCAGUGACUUUAUCUGAUGUGGAGAAAUAUUAUGAAAGACUUAAGGAACUAAGCACUGAAGUUGAAGAACGCCGACCGCACUUGGAACUUUUGACUCAGCGAGGAAAACGUUUAUCGCGCAUGUCCUCGUACGCUAACGCUGACCACAUCAAUAACCAGGUUUCUGUCAUGGGUACGCUAUGGACAAACGUAUGCACCUGCCUCUCGACUAAAAUGCACCGCACGAUUGAUUCUCUACAUUACUUACGAAGGUUUAUGGACAAUUUCGAAAGCUUGUCCGCUUGGCUUCAUCGCCUCGAGGGGAUACUUCGCCGUGAUUGGAAACACUUUUAUUCUUGUAGUCCAGAGGAACAAAGAUCUAAGAUUAAGGCAUACCGUAAAGAAAUCGAGAGCCACGAAGCUCAACGAACGUCAGUCAACGAUUCGACCUUGCAGCUCAUCGACAAAGAGCUUGGAAACGAGCUAUUACGUCAUAUCAUGCAGCAACGUGAUACGCUCAACGAACGCUGGGAAGCGUUGUGCAUACAGUUGGGCAUUUCGUACAAAAAGGCCGAGCAGACGAAGUAUUCUCUGAAGUUGCUGGAAGCACAACUUACACAGCUCAAUAAAUGGAUGUCCAGUGUCGAACGACAGAUCACGGAGAUCAGUGGGGAAGUGUCAUGUGAUAUAGACGAGCUGAAUCAGCAACUUGUUGAUCUGCAGAUAAGUCAAAGAGAAAUCAAUGCGAGAUCACCAGAUGUCAUUUCAGUAUUAAGUCUGUGUGUGAGGUUGCAAAGUUGUGCUUUCCCGGACGAUGGCGACGCAGGAGAUUUGCAGAUCGCCCGAGACAGUUUUGAAUCGCGUUGGAAAAAGAUUUCAAGAAACGUGGGUCAGUUGUUGAAGCAAAAUCAGGACCGUAUCGCUUUGUGUAAGGAGUUCAGAGAUGAUUACAAACAGUUUAUAACGUGGUUACGAACGUUUGAAAACCUGGUUACGAUACCUUCCGGAAGCUGUGAGGAUCUGCAUGAGUUAAGCUUAGAGAUUUCCAGACUUCAGGAUUUGAAGAGACAAGUUGGAGCAAAAGGGGUCCUCGUGGAACGCCUGUUGACACGAGGGAACUGCUUGGUAAACAACUCAUCAUCCAGCUCGGCUCAGUUGAUCAGACAAAUGAUUGGGAAGACACAAGAACGCUGGUACGACAUCACACAAACACUGGACGACUCCAUCGCAAAGUUUCAUCUUUUGUCGAAAGAUUUUGUGGAAUUUGAAGAGGAACGUCGCAAUGUGAAUGCGUGGCUGACAGAUAUAGAAGUUCGUUUGAUUGGCUUGGAACAAGUCGGAAACGAAGGGCAGAAUGAAGAACAACGCUUGCAGGAGUUAAAAACGUUACAACAUCACAUCAAUAUGAAAUACGGCUCUCUGAGUGAACUCACUUCACAAGUCACAAAGCUCAAGGGUUGCUGUUCAAUCUCAGACUACCGUCUGCAGCAACAAAAAGUCGAGGAGUUGAAAUUACGAUAUGAACAGGCACUUCAUUACUCGCUGACGCUUAUGCUUGAUCUGGCUGUCCCUAGUCCAUUCUCCCCAGAACGCGUAUCGACAAGGCUUCCCGUCGUAACGCCAUAAUCAAGACAGCAAUAUCACCCUUGUACAAACACUGGCUUGAAUAGCCUAAAUUCAGCCCUUGCUCUUUGCAAUGGCAUUGAUCCAUGGUGGUAGCUACUGCUACUCUAGAGGUGGUUAUCGCUCACUCAUCAACAAUUUUGGCCAUGUUCCAUUCACAAACACCCGCAGUCAUAUCCUGUAUUUAUUGAGAAAAAAAGCUAAGGAAUUGUUAUGAAAUAGGAAUUAAAACUAUUUGGAACAAUUAAGCUCUUAAAAGCCCGUAUGGGCAGGGUUAGAAAAGAAAGCUUGCAUUGAUAGUUUUGUACAUGUUCAGCCUUUCAAAUUUUUAUUCAAACUUUGUAAAUAUACAUGUAGAUAGAAAAUCGCGAAUUUAGAAAACUGUAUGUAAGUAGUUAGAUAUAAACAAUAAUAACUAUAAUAUUGGGAAGUGGUAAUUUAUUUCUGACUUGUAUAUUAAAUGUAUUUUUAAAGCAGGUCCACAUAGUCAGAUGCAAUUUUCAAAGAAACAGAUCAUAUUCGUUUGUAAAUUGUUAAUACAUACAUUCCAUGUAAGUAAGUAUAAAAUCUCAGCUCAUAUUCUUACGUAAAGACAUAUAAUAUAUUUUAAAUUGUACAUGCUUUCUGAACUGUAACGUUGGAGUAAUAUAAAUGGAACCUAUUAAAUUAUUGAAUAUA